GAAGAAACUGCUGUACUGCAGCUCUGAACAUCUUUCUUACUCGUAGCAGUCAUAAUGGCAUCCAAGGUAGCACCGACAGGACUCAUUUUCCUCUGCCUGCUUCAACUGCGAGUUCAGGCGAAUGUGAACACAGCCGUCCUCAAUAAAAUGAUUCAGUAUUUUGACAAUAAUGUUCAACCCAAAACAAUGUCUGAUAUUCAAUAUGCAAUAGCGAUCAGUGUCCCAGAGCAACAGUGCACAGAUGAAACUUCUUCUAUUGAAACUGUGUUCAGCAAAGGUGAUGCAGAAAAAGUAAAAACAAUUCUCACUAAUGGUCAAACAUGUGAACUUUGUACAAACUCAGAGAAUGCACCAAUAAUUGCUGCAAGGCCAAAAUCCGAUAAGAUCCAUGCCGAGUAUGUUCUGCUGUAUCCUGUGGGUAAUUCUCUAAUGGACAAACUUUUAGAAAAGGCAAAGGAAAAUAACUGUGUGGUUUUCUAUACUUACAACUCACCUUGUGUGACAAAGUGCAUUAGUGGUGAGAAGAAUAUUAUUGAGGGUCUUUCAAACUGGAAAAAUAAGCGAAGUCAGGGAAUAAAUGUUUUUGUCUUUCGAACCGUCUGGCAUAAGGAUGCUUGGAGAAAGGACCUAUCAGAGGAAUUCAAAAAGAUUGAUGCAAUAGUGCCCCUUUAUCAAUGUUAUGGGGCUGAACGAAUUAACUGUUUUAAAUGUCGGGGUGAAAAAACAACCAGCUACUGCCUGGAUGUCCCAGAUAGACCAAAUUACUUAUUUGAAAUAAUGCUCUGAACUGAUUUUAAAUGCUUUUGCUUGCUUAAAUUAGAAAUGCAGUAGAUCUGUGUGUG